CGCAGACAACGAACCAAGAGGAAAACCUUCUCCCCUCCACCCGCAUAAAAUAACUGUUGAUUGAUCUACAUCUAUCGACUUCGACCCUUGGAAUUCCAUCUCUAGUCGGCAAUUCCUUCCUCCCUUGAGCGAAGCGUCUGAAAGCUCCCUGCUGUAGCUAAUUCCCCCGGGGACCCAAAUCCCAAAUAACGGGGUAGGGGGCUGAACGAGCUGACGAAAAAAGAUGGCCCUAGACUCACUGCUCAACCAACCCGUUGUGAUAGACAAUGGAUCGGGUACUAUCAAAGCUGGCUUCGCCGGUGAGGACUUGCCGAAAUGCUUCUUCUCGUCGUUCGUCGGUCGGCCAAAACACACGCGUGUGCUCGCCGGUGCGUUGGAAGGGGAUGUGUUCAUUGGAUCGAGGGCACAGGAGCUGCGAGGGCUGCUCAAGAUAAAGUACCCGCUUGAGCAUGGGAUCGUUACGGAUUGGGAUGAUAUGGAGAGGAUAUGGCAGUAUGUUUAUAGCGAGGAGUUGAAGACUUUAUCCGAGGAGCAUCCGGUUUUGCUGACUGAAGCACCUUUAAAUCCUCGGACAAAUAGAGAUACCGCUGCACAGAUAUUUUUCGAGACGUUUAAUGUGCCUGCCUUGUUCACUUCUAUACAAGCUGUUUUGUCACUGUACGCUUCCGGCCGAACAACGGGUAUCGUUCUCGAUUCCGGAGAUGGUGUUUCCCAUGCCGUUCCUGUAUACGAGGGUUUCGCGAUGCCCUCUGCUAUCCGCCGAAUCGACGUUGCCGGCCGUGACGUGACGGAGAACCUCCAAGUCCUGUUGCGAAAAGCCGGAGCCAUAUUCCACACUUCUGCUGAGAAGGAAGUUGUCCGGUCGAUGAAGGAGAAGGCAUGCUACAUCGCACUGGAUCCAAAGAAGGAGGAGAAGGAGUGGGCUGGUGGUGGGUCCGCGAGAAUCGAGGAAUACAGACUCCCGGACGGACACAUCCUCAAGCUCGGUUCAGAAAGAUUUAGGGCUCCGGAGAUUUUAUUCGACCCUGAAAUCAUCGGUCUCGAGUACCCGGGCAUCCAUCAGAUUGUGGUUGAUGCGAUUAAUAGGACUGACAUGGACUUGAGAAAGUCGUUAUUUGGGAAUAUUGUCCUGUCCGGUGGCUCGACGUUAACGAAAGGAUUCGGUGAUCGACUGCUUUCUGAAGUUCGGAGACUAGCGGUUAAGGACAUGAAAAUCAAGAUCUUUGCGCCUCCUGAGCGGAAAUAUAGCACGUGGAUUGGAGGUUCAAUUCUGGCUGGUUUGAGUACUUUUAGAAAGAUGUGGGUCAGCAUCGAUGACUGGCACGAGAAUCCGGAAAUAAUCCAUACGAAGUUUACUUAGACCUUUUUUAUUUCUUAUCAUCCUCUUCCCUUCUCUUAGUUGGCGGUUAUUGUUGUUCGAUAGCAAGCGAAAGCCAGAUCCACCAUUGUUUACA